GUUGUUGUUUUUUUAAAAAAACCCUAUAAUAUAGAGAAAACAAGUCCAGGCUAAUUAUACAUAUUCCUGUGUUUUUUGCAUAGUUGUAGUAUUGAGUUGGCUGCUUGCAUCACUGUGCGGCGGUGACGUGCGGCGUCUGGGAGCUGUCCCAGGAAUAAUGGUGCUGAAGCUGCAGCACCCAUCCAGCAGCCAAUGAUCACAGGAGGACCGGAGGCUCUGUGCGGACGCUUUUCACCCGGAGCAGGACGGUCCGACAGCCCGGGUGGAUUUUUUCACCCCUUUAUACCGGAUGGAUUUAAACCCCCUCUGGUUCAGUCCUCGGAUGCGGAGAGAUUUGAUGAUUUGGGAAUGUAAAUGCUUCCCGGAGAGACGUGCAGCCGAGACCUGCAGUCUGGAUGAAAAUCUGUGAGGGAAACAGAGAAAUUGAGGAUCGUGUUGCUUGAAAUCGGUGUAUAUUUCCUCAGAUGUUUCAUUCUCAUGGACCUAAUGGCUUCAGACACUUGUUUGCAUCGAUGGGAUUUAUUUCCAUUUUCUGUUUACAUCUUCUUGGGAAGACAAUAAAAGUCCAACCUUUGGAAUAGUGAUCCGAUUCAGAAUAACAUAAACUAAAAGAGCUCAUUUAAACCCCGAUAACCCGCGUUUCACCCAACCACGUAUGCAGAGGUGUUUGCUUAUGCCGGGGACACAAACAGCACUCAUCUUCCAGCACCUCGGCUCGGUGCUGUGAUCUUCUGGCCGGACACAGCCCGAUGCAGCGCAGCCGGGGCAUGCUGAAGAGCCGCUGCUGCGUCCUGCUUGGUGACCUAAGGGUGCUCCUUCUCGGGCCACGGGCACCGCCGACACCGCUGCCUCCGCUGACCCCCAUGAGCGGCCAAGCUUCGGAAAGCCAUGAGGCGAGCGUCACCGUCACCGUCCCCGACAACAACAACACCCUAACGCGGAGCCACCAGCAGCAGCAGCAGAACGGAGGCGACCGGACUGUGCCGUCUGCGGCCGGAGCCGCCGGGGCCCCGGGCGGAGAGCGGCCGGUUGGGGGCUGGGUGGACGCCGCCGAGCUGUCCGCGGCUCUUCGCGGCUGUAGCAGCUCUUCUGAUGACUGCUCAAAGGGGAAGCUGGAGGAGAGGUUCUCUCUUACCAGCUACACGGAGAGUGGCUUCAGGACGCCUGUCUGCAGGAUCUGCUUCCAGGGACCAGAGCAUGGAGAGCUCCUGAGCCCGUGUCGCUGCAGUGGGUCGGUACGCUGCACCCACCAGCCAUGUCUCAUCAAAUGGAUCAGCGAGAGAGGCUCCUGGGCCUGCGAGCUCUGUUACUACAAAUAUCAGGUCAUUGCCAUCAGCACCAAGAACCCAUUACAGUGGCAGGCCAUCUCCCUGACUGUGAUAGAGAAAGUCCAGAUAGCAGCAGCCAUUUUGGGUUCUUUAUUCUUGAUGGCGAGCAUCUCCUGGCUGGUCUGGUCCUCUUUCAGCCCGUCGGCUCGCUGGCAGCGCCAAGACCUGCUUUUCCAGAUAUGCUACGGCAUGUACGGCUUCAUGGACGUCGUCUGCAUCGCGUUAAUUGUCCACGAGGGACCCUCUGUGUUUCGCAUCUUCCACCGCUGGCAGGCCGUCAACCAGCAGUGGAAGGUUUUGAACUACGACAAAUCGCUGGACAGCGACGACCUGAAGGAAGCUGUGGUGGACAGGACUCUGUCUCAGCCCGGUCAGGGCUACCAGAACGGGAUAGGAGUGUCCGCCUCCAACUCCUCCCUGAUGGUGGUGGCCUCCACGGCCAACGGCUCCACUUCCACAGCCGUGGUGACGUCCGCGGGGGAACUGGGAGCGCACGUAGACCCGGAAAGCGGCACCACGGUGCCAGACCAACACUGUCCCUACAACAUCCUCCACCUACUCAGCCACCUGAGGCAGCCAGAGGCCCGCAGCCAACCCAGCAAUAGCACAAGAGAGCUGGUCAUGAGAGUCACCACAGUCUGAGCAGUCAGUUGAGGCCUUAUUCCACACAGAGCUGAAAGAUUUCUGAACCAGCUGACAGUCAAAAGAAAAAAAAAGUGCUGUCUUAAACGCACUGGAUCAAUAUCAUGUUCUUGUUUAUUUUGAAAUGCAUCUUUAAUGUCCUGACAUUGAUUGAAUAAAAGUCAAAGUGGUUUGAUUUGCAAACUGAUUGGGAAAUAGUUAUUUUCGUCAUCAAGAAGCGUGUCUUUGUUAAAAUGGUAUGUAAUUUUCUCAAAACUGCAGUGGAAACAAUUCAUAUUUCUUGUAGGCAAAAAGUAAAGGCCAAGGAAAAAAUAAAAUGGAACAAAAUCAGUUUACUCAGUAUUUAAAGUUAUUACAUCAUGUCAAACAAGUGCAGAAUGAUGUAAAACAGAUGCAGCAAACUUUUUAGCCUUGACUGGUCUGCAGGGAAACAAAAACAAAAUAUGAAAGACAAAGGAGCACAAUCCUCUGAAUGGUGUUCUAUCUUAUUUUUUGCCUGAAAAAAGUCCUUGGCUUUGAAUAAUGUUGGCUCUCUGCAAAGGCAGCAGUAGACAAGAUGAGGAUUCUAACGCAGUAGUUAUGUAAAUUUAACAAAAUGCUUUGCCAUUCGAAAAUAAAUGU